AUGGCAGAAGAAAAGACGUUGAUCGCGUCGGAGCCGCCUACAUUCGAGGCGUUGUUCACGCAUUGGGCUCGUUGUGUAGAGAUAACCAUUGGCGGAUCACGAGUAAUCUCGGUGGAGCAAGAUCCGGACACUUUUGUUCUCGGAACGACCGUCUGGGACAGCAGCAAGACGCUGUUCAAGUUUAUCGAGACGAUACCUGAGAGAUUCCAGCGCUUUAUGUCCAUCUGUGAGCUCGGAGCUGGCUGUGGAGGACUUGCCGGCAUUGCCAGUGCAAUUGUCACAAGUGGAGUCGCAGAUGUGGUACUUACGGAUAUUGGACCGGUGCUUCCGUGGCUCAGACGCAAUGUGAGAGAAAACCUGACGGACAAGGAGCUACAGCACGUUCGCGUCAAGCAACACGCUUGGGGAACGCCAGUGACGAAUCUCAAGGCACCGUUCGAUUGCAUUCUGUGUGCAGAUGUAGUGUACGAGAAGGCGUGUGUAAAGCCGUUGGUGCAGUCGUUGCUAGCGUUGUCACAUCGGAAAACGGUCAUUUUCUUGGCUAAUGAGCGUCGAGCACCGGAAGUCCGAGAUGAGUUCAUGCGCCAGUUGGAUACGUACUUUCAAUGGAAGGAAGUGCCGAGAGCAGAGUUGGAUGCUGAUUAUCUAAAAGACACGAUUGAAGUGUUUGAGAUGAAACCAAAGAAGCGCAAGGUGCCACUGGAAAUGCAGAUUGUGGUGCCUGCGAAUUAUAGUGCGAAUGAGCAGGAGCAUUACUCGUUCGACAAUGGAGCUGGAAAGGAGGUGGUUCCGUGCGACAGCGAUAUCUGGAAUGAUCUGUUGCGAGACUUGUCGAUUGUUCCUGCAGAUAGAAAGAGAUGCUGA